ACUGAGAACUUUGGAAAUGUGUAAUUGUGAGAUGUGGAGGAACCUCCGCGUAGAGCUCCGUCACUCUCUCUCCUCUGUCUGCUUCUUUACACUCCACUCUCAGCUCGCUCCCUUCAGUCGCGGUUAACGGGCGUGCGGUUGCCAAGAGAGACGCGCGUGAAGAGCAGCGUGCAGCUUUUACGGUAAAGCGGCACGGGAUCGUCCCCGCCAUUUCCUCGAGCCGAGCCCUGGAAUGUCGAACAGUGGCUCGGGCUCUUCCUCGCGGAAGGAGUUCGAUGUGAAACAGAUCCUCCGGAUCCGAUGGAGGUGGUUCGGUCACCCCGCGGUUCCUCCGCCUCCUUCCCCGCCACUCGGAGACUACUUCAGCGCGAGGAGAACCGGAGGCAGCGCAGCGGACGGUCCCUCUAUUAGCGGCUGCAGCAACUUAAAAUCAUCCGGCGUUAACCCGAGCGUGGGCUGUCACAGCGGGCUGGUGGCCAGUGGGAGCGCCGGGUCUAACCUUUGUAACGGCAGCGGUAGAAAGUUUGCUGAUCCAGCGGGGAGUCGGGGAGGUCCGGCUGGAGCUUCUGGAGCCACGGGGAACUCCUGUACCCGCUCCCUCAGCCAGCCAGAGUGCAGAAGCUCCGCCGCGGCGCUCUCCUGGAUUUCUCCACCGCCUCGUCGCCGCGCUCGUCCGGUGACAAACAUGGAGCCCCCCGGCGAGGCCCCGGUGCCCCAGCUGGUAGUUGAGGCUUCGGCUCCCGCUGGGGCUGAGAAUGAGGUGGAGCCGGCGGCGGGAGCGGCGGGGACCGAGGAGAACAACCACCCGGAAACUGACUCCAGCUCCUGCAGGACAUCUAACAGCAGUGCAACCCUCUCCUCGUGCGUGUCCAUGGAGCCGUGCACCUGUCCAGAGGAGUCCAUGUUUACCGCUUUAUCUCAUGCUGAUGUCACCUUCCGCAAAAUGGAGGGCUACCUGAGGACGAGGCAGCUGUGUGACGUCAUUCUGGUGGCUGGAGACCGACGGAUACCUGCACACAGACUGGUUCUCUCAUCUGUGUCUGACUACUUUGCGGCCAUGUUCACCAGCGAUGUGCGGGAGGCCAAGCAGGACGAAGUGAAGAUGGAAGGGGUGGACCCUGAGGCGUUGUGGGUCCUGGUUCAAUACGCAUACACAGGCCGUCUCGAGCUGAAGGAGGACACCAUCGAGUCUUUGCUGUCGGCCUCCUGCCUGCUGCAGUUAUCGUCGGUGGUCCAAGCUUGCUGCUCCUUCCUCGUCAAGCAGCUCCACCCCUCUAAUUGUCUCGGCAUCCGUUCCUAUGCCGACGCCCAGGGCUGCCAUGACCUGCAGAGAGCCGCUCACGCCUACACCAUGGAGCACUUUCUGGAGGUCGUGGGAGCCCAGGAGUUUCUCGUCCUUCCAGUGGAAGAGAUGGAAAGGCUGCUGACCUCUGAUGACAUCAACGUGCCAGACGAGGAAACCGUGGUGACCUCUUUGCUGAGUUGGGUCAGUCACGAUCCCGCCACUCGGCAGCGCCACCUACCGUCGCUUCUGGCUCACGUCAGACUGCCGCUGCUGCAGCCACAGUUCUUGGCUGACCUGGAGUCCAACCCUCUCCUCCGUGACAGCGUGGAGUGUCAGCGUCUCCUGAUGGAGGGGAUGAAGUAUCACCUGCUGCCGCAGCGCCGGCCCCUGCUGCAGAGUCCUCGCACGCGGCCCCGGAAGGCCACGGUGGGGGCCAUGUUUGCUGUGGGUGGGAUGGACGCCUCCAAAGGUGCCACAAGUAUCGAACAGUACUGUCUGCGUCGGGACACGUGGAGACAGGUCGCCACCAUGAGCGGACGGAGGCUGCAGUUCGGCGUCGCUGUCCUCGACGGCCGUCUCUACGUGGUGGGAGGCCGAGACGGACUCAAGACCCUCAACACCGUGGAGUGCUACAAUCCACAUAGCAAAACCUGGAGCGUCAUGCCUCCCAUGUCCACACACAGACACGGCCUUGGUGUGGCUGUUCUAGAGGGACCUAUGUACGCAGUGGGAGGCCAUGACGGCUGGAGCUACCUCAGCACAGUGGAAAGGUGGGACCCUCAAGCUCGCCAGUGGAGUUUUGUUGCUAGCAUGGCUACACCCAGAAGCACAGUGGGAGUGGCUGUUCUCAAUGGAAAGCUGUACGCUGUUGGAGGUCGUGACGGCUCAUCCUGCCUGCGAUCAGUGGAGUGCUUCGACCCUCACACAAACAGGUGGACUAGCUGUGCUCCAAUGGCUAAAAGGCGUGGAGGUGUGGGAGUGGCCACGUGGCACGGUUUCCUGUACGCCAUCGGAGGUCACGACGCUCCGGCCUCGUCCCUGGCGUCUCGAUUAAGUGACUGUGUGGAGAGAUACGACCCUCAGACUGACGUUUGGACCACGGUGGCCCCCAUGAGCAUCAGCAGGGAUGCUGUUGGUGUUUGUCUCCUCGGCGACCGUCUCUAUGCUGUGGGGGGUUACGACGGCCAGGUGUACCUCAAUACUGUCGAAGCCUAUGACCCUCAGACGAAUGAGUGGACCCAGGUCGCCUCUCUGUGCCUGGGCAGGGCAGGUGCCUGUGUGGUGGCCGUCCGACUGUGACAACA